AUUUCAUAAGAAAUGGUACUUCUUCAAAAAUUUCCAAAAUAAUCAUUUGAUUUUUGUUUGGUGCGGAUGUGUGUGACGAAAUUCCAAUAAAAAAAUAUUAUAAUUCUUAUCGAUUUCUUUUUUAUUUAUGUGAUAUGAUAAAAUCAAUUUGAAUUCAAAGCUAUAUAAAUCCAUCAUGACUUAUCCAUCUUAUCAUAAAUCGUGAAAAGUACCACUAUGAAGGCCAUUAUAACGCUUUCUGUUUUAUUUGUUACCAAUUAUGCUAUACCAAUUACUGAGAGGGACUAUCGAGAGUUGAGUACUAUUGUCCAAACCGCUCCGGAGGUGUACCAGUUGGAAAAUAGAACAGGAGCCAUACCCCCUUACCAUGCGAUAGAAAGCGAUAUAAAAUUCUAUUUUGCGAGUCGCAAAGAUCCGCUUCCUGUACUAAUCGAUACAAAAGAUCCAAACUCAAUAGUAAAAACCUCAUUUUCAUCUAAGAAAGAUACUUGGUUCGUAGUACAUGGUUGGAAGAGCGACUUUUCAUCGCGCAUGGAGGAAACAGUAGGCAACGCACUCGUGGAAAAGGAGGAUGUGAAUAUUUUUUGCGUGGACUGGAGCAACAUCGCUCUCAAAACUUACCUUGAAGCAUUUGCAGCAGUUCCGGAUGUUGGCAGAAUAACUGGAGAAUUAAUCAAAGUUCUCAUAACAAAUCAUGGACUUACCAUUAACAGAAUUUUUAUUGUUGGUCACUCACUUGGAGCACAUGUCGCAGGGCGAAUAGGAGAAGAUUUUGAAGGAAAUCUGCCUCUAAUCGUGGGUGAGUUUGUUUUUCUACAGAUUCAAAUAAUCGAACUUCGAAAUAACUAUCUGAGGAAGUUGAUAUGAGAUUGGGUUGUAGUUGCAGUAAUUAGAUGAACCUUGAAUCAUGA